AUGGAUCGCCUGCCAACAGAGAUCAUCCUGGCCAUUAUCCAUGAGAUCCCCAACACCCAAGACCGACUGACUCUAGUUCAGAUAUGUCGGCGCUGGCGUGCCUCAUUUCUGGGAAUCGCUUUCUGCUCGACUCACCUCGAAUGGCCUCAAGUUCGGCGUCUGGUCGUGGCGGCCCUUGCCAACCCGGUUAUCAGGUUUUCCAUCCAUAAGAUCUCGAUAGAGAACGUUGCACAUAGAGCUACACCGGUCCCAUUAGGCUCGCCAGUUCAAGAGAUUAUAGAUCUCAUCAGCGAGUCGCCCGUAGAAUAUGAUGCAUGGCGAAAAGGACUAUCGGAAAACCAGAGUGAAGUGUGGAUUGCUCUUUUAAUGGCGAUUCUCCCCAAUCUUGCUGCAGUUUCAGCACAGCAUAGCCACCCUCAAGGUUGGAUUACUCGGAUCGUUUCGAAGGCCGCAUGGAAGCAAUUGCCUUUCGAACCCAACACUCUGCCAGCCUUGCAGCAUUUAGAAAAGCUCGACCUGACCUGGUGUGGUCUCUCGACUGUGUUGAGCCAUCGCGAAUACCUUCCCUUUCUCCACUUGCCCUAUCUUCGCAGCUUACGACUCGGGCCCGUACAGGAGCUUCAUUCGACUCACAGCCCGGCAGACCAUCCGGCCUUCUUGCCUGUCUCAGCUAGGUCGCAGGUCGAAGAUCUAGUCCUGGACUUUUUUUGUAACGGAAGACAUGGCAUGGUCGAUUUUAUUACCUCAUGUGCCAACCUCAAGCGCUUUGUCUACCAGCAUACUAACUACAUGGUCUGGGUUUCGCGUCAGGACGAGGAGGAUUGCGCGGGUGUCGACGCUAGCUUUCGGCCCUGGUGCUUCCACGAGGCGCUCCAAACCCAGAAGCACAGCCUAGAGGUUCUCCACCUGAAUGAUCUGGGAGAUGCUUCUAUUCCUCGACGAACCCAUCUCUAUAAAGGGCACGUUGACCCAAUCUCGCACGAUCGCUGGUUCGGGUCAUUGGCAGAUUUUCGAAAGUUGUGGGAUCUACAUAUUCGCGCGAGCAACCUUCUUAAUCUCCAUCCUGAAGAGACAGAGGAGAUGAUCCUGCUUGGAGAUAUUCUGCCUAAGAGCUUGAGAGUUUUACAUCUAGCGGACCGUAACGAUGAGAUCUGUGCUGUACUGCUGACCCACCUCGAGGAUCUUCUUGCCCGCCGCGAGGAACAGUUUCCAAGCCUCCAGUCCCUGCUAAUUUCUCCUGAGCGGGAGGAGCCACACGGAACCAGGAUUCGCAUUAAGGAUUCCUUCAGGAAGCAAUGGACGGCCCUUCAGGAGAUGUAUGACCGGGUUGGCGUCCGGCUCUCUCUUGGAGCCGGGGGAAAGAUGGAAACAAAUCAAAAGCAGAAGCACUGGUCUCCCGGAAGAAUUGUAGACGAGGCUUUGUUAGAUUAA